CUCGUCACAUGAUCAGCUGGUGACUCCUUCCUCUCUGCUGGAUGCAGGAUUUCCAGCCAUCGCCGCUUUGAAGGGCUCACAGGAACCCAUUUCUCUUCAAACCAAAACAGUCUAAGAAAAAUAACACCACAGUAGCUUUAGGUUUAUUCGCGUUAGAACCUUUAGAUAGCAAAACUGGCGCUGUUGGUGGAGUGGAUGAUGAACGGGCACGCAGUUUUAUACACCGGGGUCACUUUGGCCUUCUGGGCGACCAUCCUGAUCGUCGGUACUUGCUAUACGAUUUUUGACCUUGGAUUUCGAUUUGAUGUAGCAUGGUUUUUAACAGAGACUUCUCCAUUUAUGUGGGCUAGUCUUGGAAUUGGCCUGGCCAUCUCUCUGUCUGUUGUUGGAGCUGCAUGGGGGAUUUACAUCACAGGGUCCAGCAUCAUUGGUGGUGGUGUCAAAGCCCCAAGAAUCAAGACCAAAAAUCUGGUCAGUAUUAUCUUUUGUGAAGCUGUUGCCAUUUAUGGGAUCAUCAUGGCAAUUGUCAUUAGCAAUUUGGCAGAGAAUUUCACUGGUACAACUCCAGAGACUAUUGGGGAGAAGAACUACCAAGCAGGCUACUCCAUGUUUGGUGCUGGACUCACGGUUGGCUUUUCAAACCUCUUCUGUGGCAUCUGUGUUGGCAUUGUGGGCAGUGGAGCUGCCCUUGCUGAUGCUCAGAAUGCCAGCCUCUUUGUCAAGAUCCUCAUUGUUGAAAUUUUCGGCAGUGCCAUUGGACUGUUUGGAGUGAUCGUAGCCAUCUUGCAGACAUCGAAAGUAAAAAUGGGAGAUUAGAUGACCACACAACCUACAGAUCAAAGAUGCUGUGUUGCUGGUGCAAACAGGAGGUGUAAAUACAUAGUAAAUUAUUUAAAUGUGUUUUCCUUUUGUCUCUGUGUUUAACCAUCAUUUUCUGAAGAUUGAAAUCUUGUUUGUGCACCGAUUUGUCUUAAUACAGUGCAUGAUGAUGUCAAAGGCAGACCUUUGAUGACUUACACUUGGUUUAGCAUCUCAAUUCUUAAAAUGAAAAAAAUAUCACUUAAUGUUUUUGGCCAUACCUUCAUGAUGUCAUAAUAUCAAAUUUAACUAUUAUUAUUGUUUAAAUCUAAAUAUAUUUUAUUUAUUAAAUCAGCUUAAUAAUAUAAACCGUGAUCGUGCAUAUGGUGACAGAACAGACUGUCUAUAGAUCCAAAGUCAGGGUCGGUUUUGACAUGUAAGGCGUUAUGUUUGUAAUCAUCUCAAAAUCGAAUUUAUAGUUCGCUGUGAUUGUUCUGUACAGUACAAGAAAAGUGAUACAUUGCAUAAGUGUGGUUCUUUGCACUGGAUGGGUGUAAAUCAUAAAGUAUUCUCUUGAUGGCUGUAUGAAAGAGUGUUCUCGUGUAUUUGCGUGAUGACACCUGUUGUAUCUGGUGUGCUUGACCUGAUCUCACUCUCACGUGUUCUUUCAUGUAGCUACUGAAUUCAAAUAACGCUAUCUUUGAAAAAAAAUGUUAUACCAAAACAAUGAUGUAAAAAAUAAUAUCAGUCAUCUCCAGUUGUAUUUCUACCAGUGUAGGCCCUCACUUUGUAGUGCUCUCUUCAGAUCUGGUUGGUUAAAAAUGAGAGGAUAUAAUAAUCGGAUGUGUGUACAUAUGUUUUUUGUUUUUAGGAGCAUGAGGGUGUUUGCAAUUCUGUAUUUCCUAUCUGUCCUGUGAUUGUUUACCUUGUUUUUUUUUGUUGCUUUUUUUUUUUUUUUUUAAUCCCGUCACAGAAACAAGCUUCCUUAAGUUACGUUAUGGCGGCUUAACUUUAAAAACAUUAUGUAACAUUUUCUUUGCUGUUCAUCUCAGGUAAUCUUGAAAUGAUCAUCUAAAAGCAAGUUCAUUGCAGAACAGCACUGCAAACAGCUGUUUGAGGUGGACUUUCAUUGGCCACAGAUCUUGGAUGCUAUAAUUAAACGCAAAUAAAAACAAAUCUGUAGAUUUAACUGGAUUUUAAGAUCUCAUUUUCACAACCAGUGAUUUUGUUCAAUUGAUAUAUUUUAGGAAGAUGUAUUUUCAGUGUUUUUUCAUCUGAAAAAUGUUAAUGGUACAUCCCUAUUUAUCCCUCACAGCCUCAUUUUUGUACAUAUGGUGUUUUGCCCUCAUUUAGGUUACCAAUUCUAACGGUACUCAGUCUGAACCACUGUUUAUAUCCACAAUCAAACUUGUAAGAUCAGAUUAACCCCACUGAAAUGCUUUUGUAUCUAUGAUGUUUUUGUGAAGUGGAGGUACAUACUAAACAUGAUUUUACUAACUCCUAAAUUCAGCUUCUGUUAAAUGUCUGUUUAUAUUGCAAUGAUCAAUGAAAUCUCAAACUCAUCUUUAAAACAUUAUGGUCUUGUGAAGCAUUUCCAGUCUAGUGUCAAAGAUCAUCUGUUUUCUUGCACUGGAUCUAUAGAGAGAUGCAUUAAUUUGAUGUUGUUGUUUUUUGUUUUUUUUUUUUGUUUUUUUUUUACAUGGAUGUUUAUUUUUUUUAUUUUUUUUUAAACAUUCCAACAUAGACCGGGUUGUAAUCAGCCCCCUCCUGAUGGGUUAUUCGUACUAAAUUUGUACUAAUUAGCCCGCUGGUAAAAUAUGUAUGAAUUUAUGUGAGAUCGGGUUGGUUGUGCUACUUAACCAUUUCUCCCGUUUCGGUAAAUGUUAAAUAUGUUAAUGUGGUGAUUCCAUUGUUUUGAUGUGUACAGGUGGAUCCUCUAGACUAAUUGUUCUUGAAGAAAUAAAAACAAAUGUUAAAAACA